AUGGAACCCGCGAAAAUCGAUUGGAAGAAUCUAGAAUGGAACUUCGCUGUAGACGAACUCUACGAACACCUCAACGCACCCAAAUUCGUCGACUUCUUGUCCCUCAAUCAUAACAUCAACAACAAUGACGACGAAGCUUGGUUUUGCAAACCUGAUUGCAAUCACCCUAAAACAGCAGAGGAUUUUCUCAGAUCACCAAGCCCUUUCAAGGCUAGUAGAAGUCCAUUUUAUUUCUCAGAAAAUCUUCCAAGUAGUGACCAAAGUAAAAGAGAUAUGAAACUCAAGAGAAGGGUGCCACUCAUUUCAUCAUCUUCUCCUCAAGAUGAUAAAUUCAGAUUCAACAUAGAUAGCGAAAACCAAAACCCGAAUUUGGCCACUCCUCAAUUAAAGUCCACAAAGGCUAUGAUCAAGUCAAGUGAUGAGAAGAAGAAGCCAGUUGAUGACGCAUUGCAGGACAACACGGCGGGGACUUCAUUGAAAUCGACUCUUUCCGCGAAGAAUUUAUUUUCGAGACGGCCUAUUUUGAAUCAAAUCACAGAAUUCUGCAAUGAAUUGAAGAGAUUGGCAAUAAGAGCUAGGGAGAGGGAAAAUACUGAAAAUUUGAAACCAAUAGAGAGUAAGGAAGAGGUUGUUGUGCAUGAAAAGACUCCGCCGGUUAAAGCUUUGACAGAAAGGAAACCACAGCAUGAAAUGGGAAAGGUUGAAAGAUUGGAUGGGACGGGCGUUAAAGGAAAGUUAAACCGAAAGAAAAGACCCGACGAGGCAGAAAACAUGCCUAUAACUCUUGACUUGGAGAAUGUAGGACACAAGAGGGAGAAUAAUAUCUUACAACAGAUUCGAACAAAUCCUCCUUCUCCUCAGUGCUUCUCUGCAGGACUCCCUAAACCUAACCCUUCAAAGGGUUCCAGAUCCCGGCUAAUGGAGAGAGGAAUACUUGAAGAAGUUGAGCAAAACAAGGAAGCCGCAAUGGACUCAUUAGCACACAACAACAGCAAAAGUAUUACAGUAAAUGAUGGAAGAGAAACCAAAGCCUUGGACAUGUUUUGGUUCUUCAAGCCUUGCACAGCAAUGUCAAGCUGA